ACUACAUGACUCAACCUACCAUCUACCAGUUACCUAGUAAUGACAGAACACACUAACAACAAAACUGUUGGAUUUCACGGGAUACUUGAUUACCAUAUUCCCUAACUGCCGGAGAGUUGUAGCUUUUUCAACCAAGGGAACCUGACAGAUGGAUGUGAAGAUGAAAUAUCAAUGAAAGAACACACUGGCCACAAAACUGUUGGAUUUCACUGGAUACUUAAUUACCAUAUUCCCUAACUGUGGAGACUUGUGGCUUUUUCAACCAAUGAAACUCUGACAGAUGGGUGUGAAGAUGAAAUAUCGAUGUUAAAUACGGAGGCGUAAUGGUGGGGUUAUGUGUGGAUUCAUCUGACAGCAGUUGGCACAUCAUACUAACAGAAGAAAGAAACACUAGUGCUUGAGGAUCCAAAUGGUACAAACCACUGGAUGUGGCUAAUUUGAGGACAAUUAUGAAAGUGAUGUUUUUUGAGUGGUCGCUUGCAAUCCUGCUCUCCAUACAGCUUUUGGUUUUAGCAUCGGAGCUGGAGAUGAUUGACUAUGAGAGUCAACACGUCACCUGCUCAAAGGGUCUCUCGAACUGCACAGUGAAGGCAUGUGCUGGGAUUCCGAUCCAAAAGUGUCCUGUGGAUGUAAAAGGGCUGGCGGUGCAGCCUGUGCUGUGCUGCAGACAGGAUACGGCAUGCAGACCUUGCCUACACAUUCGCCUUGACAUCCAGCCCAGAAACGACCAGACAGCAUCGUAUGUGAGUGUGUGUUACACUGUGCCACAGCUAAUAAUGCCUCUGUGCAAAAAGCUCGAGUUCACAGUGAUCCCUGCUGCUCCGGAUGAGCAGGCUUCAUCAAAGCAGGCCUGGCUGUCACUGCUGCUGGAGUCUAAUGCCCUGUCCUUCAGAAGUCAGGUGACUGUGUAUGCUUGCAACCUUCACUCGACUGUGAUGCUUCCGUCAGUGGAUGAAGUGUGUUCAUCCGCCUCACAGGGAGUUGUAGAGGAAUGUGAAGUCCCCAGUUUCAGCACUCUAAUUGAUCCGGAGAGACGUGAGGUGAUGCUGCAAGUCGCAAAGGAAGAGGACAGCCCCUACCAACUAGAAAUGUGCCUACAACAUGAACAUAAUGGAAUGUGCAGGACCUGGAAAGAGAGGUCCCUUCCACUGCACUCUGUCACCCCCUGCAUGUGCUUCCAGUUGUGGUGGGAUAAAGGAGACGAGAGGUCUCGUCGAUCUAGGAGCUGUCCUUUUAGGAACAACACCGAGCUGUUCCAGAGGAACCUAUGGGAGAAUGUGUCAGUAUCUGUGGUGCGGGGCCAGAUGAACAGUGGCGGUGCAAUGCUGUCCUGGAACCUGACUGCCCCCUGUAGGGUGGAGGCUGAAGUGUGGCCCUGCCAGAGAGAUGCAGGCGUGGACAAGGACAGAUGCAGAGAGCUGGGGGACAUUAGGCAGCGUCUGUCAAAUGACAUAUGGAGGGAAAUUGACAGGGGACACUGGCUGAUGCCAGGUGUGUUUGAGGAUGUCAAACCUGGCCUUGAUCUCUGUGUGAUGGUGAAGGUCAAAGGGAAGAACAGUGAGCUUGGCCCCUUCUGUCCCAUUGACUCCAGAUGGUGGCACUGGCGCUGGGGUCUGCUUGUCCUGGUCACCCUGAUGUUCAUGGGCCUAGCAGGAAUUUGUCUCUAUUUCCUGCAUGGCAAACUGAAACGGUGGGCAUGGGAAUGGCACCAGAAGGAGUGUGAUCAACUACCUAUAAGGGGACACGUGGUGCUGCUGAGCCCGCCGGAUGUGGAUAACUCUGUGUCAGAGCUGGUUUGUGAGCUUGGCUCCUCUCUGCGUGCCAGGGGCCUCAGUGUGUCCGUGGACCUGUGGAGUCGGGCUGAGUUGUGCUCUCUGGGGCCCCUGCCCUGGCUGCACUCCCAGCUGCAGCCCCUGGACAGCCAGGGGGGCCGGGCCUUACUGGUACUGACACAGGCAGCCUGGAAGAAGGCAGAGGACUGGGGCCAACAGUGGGACCAGCAUGGCCAACAGCGAAGGGACAUAGCCCAGGGAGUGGAGGAGGAGGGGGAGUAUAAGAGGCUUCUCCAGGGCUUGUCCUGCCCAUACGCGGACGUGUUCAGUGCCGCUCUGAGCUGCAUCAAGGUGGACCACCAGCAAGGGCGCGCUGGAAAGCGCUUCCUCCUGGUCCACUUUGAGGCCCAUUCUGCCAAGCCCCUCAGCAGUGAAAGUGGUCUCCCAGAGCUGUUCCAAGGGCUGCCCUUGUUUCACCUGCCCUCCCAGGGACAGGAGCUCCUCAUUCAGCUGGCCAUAGGGUCUAAAGGGCCCAGGGCUGGUAUAGGUGGAUAGAGGGGCUGAAGGACGCUCUAUUUACGGACUGUCUAAGGGGACUCCAGGGUUUGAGGAGAGACAGUGGGAUACCUGAUGAAGGGGUUUCCCCAUAAGUAUGCUGUCAUUGGAGUGGAGAACAGUUUGGAGACUGUGCCCUUACAGCAGAGCAGUCACCCUGAGGCCUAAUUCCUCCCAACCAUCCAAGCCUGCUCACAUCAUCACCCCAACACCCCCGGCCACUCACUUUACAUUAGCACUGCAAUACACUGGACGCAACUUGUUGGAUGCAGAACCCUUGGAUUAUACUGUAUGUGGUGAUGUUAUUAAGAGGGCUAGAGUUAUUGAGAGUGUAUGAACCAAAAACACAGCUGUCACCUUCCGUACACCUUGAGGAUGGACUUCUAUGUGUGACACUAUUAUAUAAGUUAGGGGAGACCAGGGAACAAAGUAACAGUUUAAGCUUUUGUUUAGUAUGAAAAUAAUAUUUGAUGUAGAUUCAUUAUCUUUUUAUACAAACACACAUAUCUUAGCUACCAUUAUACACUUUAACGAAGUUUACCAUCUGUAGAAAUUAUGAGAAUAGAAAGGUCAUCACACAGAACAGUAUAUGGCAACUAGAAAUCAAAAGUGGAUGGUCUUCAGAGAUAGAUGGGAGGGGUUGAGGGUAGCUGAAGGAUGGGACUAAAAACAAACAAAAGAUAACUAAAUGUAAAGUAUACUGUGUCUGUAAAAUGUAUGUACAUAUAUGAUAUAUAUAUCGUAUAUAUCAUAUAUAAAUGUGUAUAAGCUGGACGUAGAAGUCUAAGUAUUGUUGUCCAUUAAUUGACUCCAAUUAGGGGAGGGGUGGUAGGGUUAGGGGAAAAUAAUAAAUAAAGAAAAAAUAUUUAUGAAAAAAUACAUAUACAGUACAAGUCAAAUGUUUGGACACACUUAUUCAUUAAAGGGUUUUUCUUUAUUUCAAUGUUCUAUAUUGUAGAAUAAUAGUGAAGACAUCAAAACUAUGAAAUAACAUACAUGGAAUCAUGUAGUAUCCAAAAAAAGUGUUAAACAAAUCAAAAUAUAUUUUAUAUUUGAGAUUCUUCAAUGUAGCCACCCAUUUGCCUUGAUGACAGCUUUACACACUCUUGGCAUUCUCUCAACCAGCUUCAUGAGGUAGUCACAUGGAAUGCAUUUCAAAUAACAGGUGCGCCUUGUUAAAAGUUUGUUUGUGGAAUGUCUUUCCUUCUUAAUGCGUUUGAGCCAAUCAGUUGUGUUGUGACAAGAUAGAGGUGGUAUAUAGAACAUAGCCCUAUUUGGUAAAAGACCAAGUCCAUAUUAUGGCAAGAACAGCUCAAAUAAGUAAAGAGAAACAACAGUUAAGACAUGAAGGUCAGUCAAUGCAGAACCUUUCGAGAACUUUGAACGUUUCUUCAUGUGCAGUCGCAUAAAACCAUCAAGCACUAUGAUGAAACUGUCUCUCAUGAGGACCACCACAGGAAAGGAAGACCAAAAGUUACCUCUGAGGCAGAGGAUACAUUCAUUAGACUUACCAGCCUCAGAUAUUGCAGCCCAAAUAAAUGCUUCAGAGAGUUCAAGUAACAGACACAUCUUUAACAUCAACUGUUCAGAGGAGACUGCGUGAAUCAGGCAUUCAUGGUCGAAAUGCUGCAAAGAAACCACUACUAAACCUCUAUUUUCUUAUUCUUAUUUUUUUAGGCAUAAUUUUUGGGGGUACUUUUGUUUUUUUAAAUAUUUAAAAAUGUUUCAUUAUAUUCUUAUUUUGUUUUCUUUAUUUUAAUUUUAUUUUAUCAUUAGUUUAAAAAUGAACUGCAUUGUUGUUUAGGGCUGUUGUAUUCGGCGCAUGUGACAAAUAAGAUUUGAUUUGAUUUAAAGAAGUGACUUGCUUGGGCCAAUAAACAUGAGCAAUGGACUUUAGACCGGUGGAGUCCAAAGUUGCAAUUUUUGCCUCCAACUGACGUGUCUUUGUGAGAUACAGAGUAGGUGAGCGGAUGAUCUCCGCAUGUGUGGUUCCCACCAUGAAGCAUGGAGGAGGAGGUGUGGUGGCGCUUUGCUGUUUACACAUUCAGUGAUUUAUUUAGAAUUCAAGGCACACCUAACCAGCAUGGUUACCACAGCAUUCUGCAGUGAUAUGACAUCCCAUCUGGUUUGCGCUUAGUGGGACUUUAAUUUGUUUUUCAACAGAACAAUGACCCAAAACACACCUCCAGGCUGUGUAAGGGCUAUUUUACCAAGAUGGAGAGUGAUGGUUCUGCAUCAGAUGACCUCCCCCGACCUCCACCCAAUUGAGAUGGUUUGGGAUGAUUUGGACCGCAGAGUGAAGGAAAAGUAGCCAACAUAUUUGGGAACUCCUUCACACACAUUACACACACAUUUUUUAUUAUUUAUUUAAUAUAUUUUUUACAAAAAAAUAUAUGGGGGAUUGGAAAUGAUGCAGACAAUUACAUUCAUAGCUCAUAGAAGCCACAGUCUAUCUGCAAUAUUAAAGUUGAUAUACCACCUGUGUAUAUAUAUAACAAUAUGUUACUAGGACAAGACGAGUUGUUUACAAUUCAACCAAAAGUGGUGGAAGUGAAAUGUCGCUCUUGUAUUUUUCACAGCUAAAAGUAUUUUAUAUAAAAUGUAUAAACUUUGGCUACUCUGUUUUUACUAAUCUGAGUCUAAUCUGAGUCUUGUGUGAAAAUACAACAAUAACUAGAGAAGUACAUAUCCUGAAGAAAAUGUGGUGUGCAUGCUAGCUUGUGAAUGAUCGAUUGAUUGGUAGGAUAGGAUAGGCUGAACAUGUAAAAGCUGGUUUGGUGUCUCCAGCUUGAACGGAUCAAGAGUGACUGUUGGUGGGUUAUUUUAUGCCAAUGUAUGGAAAUGUAUACAGCUAACGUUGUAAAAAAUAUUUAAGAAUUUGAAGUAAAGAUAGCCUGAACAUGUGAAAGUU